CCAUUCUGAAAAAAAAAAAGAAAAAAAAUCGCCGCGCAGGGAAUACCAGUGAACAGUGAUUGCAAAACAAAAGAUUCAGUGAUUUUAAGAGAUUGCAGUGAAGAAAAAUUAAGGUGAAGGGGGGCGUGAGAACAGUCAUUUGAUUCUGGUGAUCGAAGGAGGACUAAAAACUGCGCAGGGUUGGAGGAACGCCGAGGAAGGAAGAGGAGGAUUUGCUGCCCGGCUCCUCGCUGCUCCUCCGGGAGAUGUGACCAGUUGCUGCCCGCCAUGUCUUCCUUCUGGAGCAACGUGACGGGUCGCGGCUCAGGGGACAAGCCACCAUCAGGCAGGUCCCGCUCCGUGUCCCGCAGCAAGGACGUCGAGGCCCCGAAAGGACGACCCGCGACUCGAGAACGACCUCAGGACAACUCCCGCGAGGAUGACGACCACGAGAAGCAAGCCGCAAGGAACGACGAGGAGGAGGGUGACGGGUGCCUCAACAUGUCCCGGCUGAAGGAGCAGAUGCUGGGGCGGGGCGGCGGGCGGGGCGUCCUGCGGGUGGGCCUCUUGCCUGCCUUCACCCGCGCAGGACGCACCGGCUCACUGCCUCAUCCUAAGCGUCAGCCGUCCAACGAACCUGCAUCCCUCUCCACGCCCACGCCACCACCCACGCCCACUAAUGACCACCAGCCGCCAGUGCCGGACUCUCCCAAACCCAAGGUGAAGGGCGUGGGCAGGAAGCGUGCCGCCUCCGCCUCUCCGACACGAGACAAACGACGAUCUUUCAGAGGAAUAUCACGUGACAGGCUGCCGGCCUUCCCCCACCUACCCCACCUGCCGUCUCUGCCGCCUCAGCUGCGGAACAUCCUGCACCGCGGAGGAGGCGGGGAGAGGGAUGGGCACAGUGCAGAGGUGCCCAGUCCCAACAAGCCUACCAGGAGGCCUGGACCGGUGGGACGAACCUGGGUCAAGGUGUAUGACGACAUCACCUUCAUGGACGAGCAGGAGGAGGAGAUGUACCCUAUGCUGGGCUACACAGGACACCCUGCCGUAGUGCCUGAGGCAUCACCUCUGCCCACACCGCCGACACCACCGCCUCCCAGGACUGGCCAGCGUCAUUCCUCAACGGCUAGUGAAUAUGAUAACGUCCCUAAGGAGGAGCGCUCCACCCCUGAGCUCAUCCCCGAGCCCGAGGUGUUGGGGCGUCGCAGCCCCUCCCCCGAGCCGCCAGCCCAAGCUGAUGAGCCACAGCCUCCCACGGCUCAUACCGAAUCUCAAAAUUCAGUUGGCCAAGGGCGUGGACGAGACCGAUUUCGAGGCAGAAGGCAAAAACGAACCGGGACUCCCGUCAGGGUUGGCCGCGAGGAAGACAAGGAGCCUCAAGAUGAGGACAUCGAUGCAGCUGCCCUUGCGGCUCUGGAGGCUGAGAUCAUCGUGGCGCCUAAGGAGGAGGAGGAUUAUAUCAUCCCUCAGGCUCUGCAGCCACCGAGGCCACCCAGGGGACACAAAACGUAUGAUCACGUGGAGGAUCUUUCCAAAACAGACUCUCCCCCACAGCAGGAAGUCUGCGAGGAGCCACGUAAGCCACGUCGGGGAGUGAAGGUUUACGACGAGUUGAUCUUCCGCCGCCAACACCAGCUUGGAAUCGAUGCAAAUACUCUUCCCUCUUCACAGUUUGAAACUAUGACACAAGAGGAGGCUGUGCUGGAGCAAGAGAUUGUACCACAACAGUCAGUGACGGAACAGGAGGCUGCACCGCAGCAGGAGGCCGCGAUGCAAGAAGAGACUACGACCCAGGAAGAGACUGUAACUCAGGAGACUGUGACACAGCAGGGGGAUGUGACGCAGGAAGAGGUCCCGACUCUGCAAGAAGCUGUGUCGCAGGAAAGUGAUGCUGCACCGGAAACGGCAGAGACCCAGGAACAGGUGAAUGCAAGCAAAGAGACAGAAGUGACGGAAGCUCCAAGACGAGAGGGAGAACCACCGCGUCCCCGGCGAGGCCUGAAAGUGUACGACACUGUUGAAAUGCGUCGCCGCGCACCAACACAGGACGCUUUGCAGACUGAUACGGAAGAGCCAGUUUUAGAAGUUAUCUGUCGAGACGAAAGUAAGGCCGGAAGUAAAGCCACUGCUGAGGAGCCGCAGCGUCCAUCGCGAGGCCAUAAGAUCUAUGCGUCGUUAAUUAUCCAGCCUCACACUGAUAGAGGCGAGGCGCAGGUGGCGGAGGUCACCCUCAAUAACGGUGGCCCCUUCUCUGCCACCCACGAGGCAGACACCGGCGAGCCAUCUGUCCUUCCUGAGGGAGAGGCCAAGGCUGAUUCUAAAGAAGCUGAGACCACGGGCGGGGAACAGCAGGAGCAGCAGGAACAGCGGCAGCAGCAGGAGGAGGAGGAGCAACAGGUGCAACAACAGCAGCAGAAGGAGGAACAGGUGCAACAGCAGCAACAGCAGCAGCAGGAGGAACAAGUGCAACAGCAGCAGCAGCAGCAGCAGCAGGAGCAACAGGUGCAGCUGCAGCAGGAAGAGGAGCAACAGGUGCAGCAGCAGCAGCAACAACAACAGGUACAACAGCAGCAACAACAGCAAGAGGUACAGAUGCAACAGCAGCAGCAGCCUGUUGAGGGGACGGUGCCUCCAUAUGCACGCGUUCUGAAGGGCUCCGGUACUCGAGAGCUGCGGCCGAUGGUGCCCUCCGAUGACGACGAGCCCCCGCCACCCAUCCCGCCCAAAAAGAAAGGUCUGAGGGCUAUUACACCUCAGUUGGAUGCGGUGCUCCCACCCAGGCCGCCUCGCCACCUCAAGCCGCGUAUCACCACAUCAAUACUCAUGGUGAACGGUGAUGUCCUGCCCGCGCGUCCCGCCCGUGGCACCAAGAUAUAUGAAUCUGUAAAGCCAACCACCCCCACGGUGCCGAAGCGAUAUUCCAAAGUGGUUCGCAUCGAGGACCUGGAUGAUGUGAGUGCCCACCCACCCCCCAAGCCCUCCAGACAUGCACUACAUCCGCCUCGCAGACGCAGGAAAAAGCAGGAGGUUCAAAAGGAACUGGAUGGCGACGAGCAGCAGCCGGUGACAGCGAGGCUCACCUUCGACACUGGCAAAGUCACCCAGGUAACAACACUCACCACCGACCAGCAGGACAACUACGAGAAUAUCACCAUGAGCGGAGGCUGCCCGCAACCAGCCACCCGCAAUCGUAACCGUCCCCUCCCUCCUCCCCCGCCCCCACCCAAGAAAGGCAGGAUACAACAACGCUACAAACAACAACAACAACAACAACAACAACAACAACAAAGCGGGGAAUCUCAUGUCAAUGAGAACGGAGUCACGGCAGCAAUAUCAGGUGGCGAGGUUGGCAGCCCUGAAGGGGCGGGCCCGACCCUUGGUGAACACCACCCACCCAGUCGUCCCGCGGCUCCGGGCCGAGUAGCAUCUAAACGCCGCGGCGCAGCCAGGCUUCAAAACGACAUAAACGAAAACUUGAAAACAAUCGAGUCGUCCUUUGCUACUCUCGAUACUGUGUUAAAGUCACUUCAAACUUACUCUCGUUCUUCUCCGCCCCGGACAGUGGUGAAGGGUUCGAGCGAGCAGCCAUGUGAGAAUACAGCGCCCGCCCCCACCUCGACACAACCAGCUGCUACGCAAGCGGUAAUAACAGCGUCACCAACUGUGAGUAAAAGCGACGAGGCAGCGACACCGACAGACGUUAGUACAAACCAUGUUACUGGUGCUGCCUCCCAACAGGUGACGCUCGACUCGACCAAAACUGACCAAGUGCAAAACGUCGAGUCUCGGACAGUAAACAAGGAAACAGGUGUGGCUCAGAGUUGUCAAAGCGACGCAGUAAAUAACAGAUUAAUACUGCAACCAGGAGUGUGUCACGAAAGUGUUGAAAGUAAAUCUGUGAAAGUAGACGAUCUGCCUCAGGAAACUGACAGGUUUAAGGAGUUGAAAAGUGAAUCGAGUGAUCAAGGUGUUUCCGAAAGCAGUGAGAGAGGACUUGUGGAUCCUCAAAGAAUUUCUGUGAGUGUAGAUAGUGAUGCGAAAGAUGUAACAAAUGAAGUGAAAGACAGUAAAGUAACAGGUGAAGAAUCUGUAAAAGACCCAGAAAAGGUUCAAACUGUGCCUCAGACAUCAGUAAAGUUCCAGGAAGGCAAAACUUUGUUCGAGACUGCAGUGAAGAUUGGCGACAACCAAGGCACUGAAGAACAAUUAGCUGGUAAGACUGACGUGCAGACCCAAGAAACGUUGUUGCCAGUCAAAAAAGGUGCUCAAAAGCCCGAGAUUAGUCACCUGCCAACACAUCAAGAGCUUGACAGCGCACAACAUUCUGAAACACCUCAAAAGCCCACACAACCUGAAAGCCAUCAGCAUCCCGCACAACAGCUCGAGAGCCCUCAACAACCCGAUCGCUCAGUCCAAGAUCCUGAGAAGGUUGUGACAGUUCCUCAGACUUCAUUAAAAUUUGAAGAGGGAAAGACGCUGUUCGAGACAACAGUGAAAGUUGGUGACAAUCAGCCUGAGAGUCCUCAACAGCUGUCAGAAAAGCCAGAAAGCACUCAACAGUCUGCUGAACAGCCAGAAAGAUCUCCUUUGCCUUCGAAAGGCACCAAAGACUCCAUAAAAGACCCAGAAAAAGUUCAAACAGUGCCACAGACAUCACUGAAGUUCCAGGAAGGCAAAACUUUAUUUGAGACUGCAGUGAAGAUUGGAGACGACCAAGGCAGUGCAGAACACUCGGCCAGCAAGAGUGACGUGCAGACCCCGGAAACGUUGUCGCCAGUCGAUGAUACACAAGAGGCGGGAAGUUGUCAACAGCCUGACAACACCAAAGAACAGCCUCAACACCAGGCUGAAAGCCCAAAACAGCCUGAUCCAAUUGCUAAAGAUCCUGAAAAGGUACCAGUAGCCCCCGAAACUUCAUUCAAAUUCCAGGAGGGAAAGACAGUUUCUGAGACAUCAGUGAAAGUUGGUGAGGAGCAGCCUACACAGCAGCUUGGAAGCCUUCAGUUUUCUCCCCAGCUAACUGAAAACAUUCCUCAAGAAGAAGAGAAGAGUCAGAGCCGCGAGGAACCUUCAAAAGAUAAAGACUCCAUAAAAGAUCCAGAAAAAGUUCAAACAGUGCCUCAGACAUCACUAAAGUUCCAGGAAGGAAAAACUAUAUUCGAGACUGCAGUGAAGAUUGGAGAAGGCCAAGGCACUGCAGAACACUCGGCUCUCAAGAGUGACGUGCAGACUCCGGAAACGUUAUUAGCAGUUAAGGCAGACGCCCAUAAGCCUGAGGGUGAGCAGCAGCCAACAUUGCAAAAACCUGAGAUCUUUCAACAGCUCGAUCACUCAGUCAAGGAUCCUGAGAAGGUUCCAACUGUUCCUCAAACUUCGCUGAAAUUCGAGGAAGGAAAGACGCUUUUUGAAACCAGUGUAAAAGUUGGUGACGAUUUGUCUACACAGCCAUCAGAAAGGCCUCAACAACAUCCGGAAGGAACGAAAGAACUUCAGCAGCUGCCACAACAACCUGAAAGCACUCAACAGCCUGCAGAGCAGCUUGAAACAGCGCAGCAGCCCGAUCGCUCGACCAAAGAUCCUGAGAAGGUUGUGACAGUUCCUCAGACUUCAUUAAAAUUUGAAGAGGGAAAGACGCUGUUCGAGACAACAGUGAAAGUUGGUGACAAUCAGCCUGAGAGUCCUCAGCAUCCGUCAGAAAAGCCAGAAAGCAUUCAACAGUCUGCUGAACAGCCUGAAAGCCCUGCUUGGUCUUCAAAAGACACCAAAGACUCCAUAAAAGACCCAGAAAAAGUUCAGACAGUGCCACAGACAUCACUGAAGUUCCAGGAAGGCAAAACUUUAUUUGAGACUGCAGUGAAGAUUGGAAACGACCAAGGCAGUGCAGAACACUCGGUCAGCAAGAGUGACGUGCAGACCCCGGAAACGUUGUCGCCAGUCGAUGAUACCCAAGAGGCGGGAAGUCAACAAUUUGCACAGCACCAGACAGAAAGUCCAAAACAGCCCAAAUCAGCUGUUAAAGAUCCUGAGAAGGUCUCAGUAGUUCCUCAGACCUCACUUAAAUUUGAAGAAGGAAAGACGCUUUUUGAGACAGCAGUGAAAAUUGGCGAGGAUGAAGAUGGUGCUCAGCAGGCAAAGGUGAGCAGUGAAGAGGUGCAAGAAACUGAAGCUGCUGAGUCACAGAGUGGUGCGUCUGCUCAGACUAAGGGGAAGACUGUGUUUGAGACGCUCUUUCGGGUGGAGUCCAUCAAGCGGUCCAAGCCUACUGAAGCAGUCACAGAGGGGGAAGCCGCGUCUGACCACCGGAAGGAGCAGGGAUCAGCGGAAAUUAGUGACGGCGGCGCUGCAGGGGAAGCAGAACAGCUCGAACGUGCGGGCGGCGAGGAGCAGCCACCUAUCAAGGAGCUGCAGGAGGGCGUGGCAGACUUAGCCUCCCGCCUUCAAGGUAUUCGUUCCACCCUUGAGAGUGCCAUCUGCAAUUUCCCUCCUGCACUCACCCCAGUUCCAGUGCCAGCCUCUGCCUCACCCACGCCUAACACUGCCGAAGCCGCUGCCCCGCCUGCUGAGGAGCGUCCCCCCAGCCCCGCUCACACUCACCACCUCCCGUGCUGUAGUAAGGUUGAUGUGUGCUUUGAUGUGUGUUUACGUAUGUCCGUCUUCGCAAUGUGCGUUGCUGCUUAG